ACAUCCAGACCGCGAGAAGAUGAGCGAUGGCAAUAGAAAACAAACCUGGGGACGAAUUUGACACCGUUUUCAGUCAAAGCGACGCCUUAGAGCUGUCUUCACACCAUGGAUAUGACACAACCCAGACUCGGUUAUUUAAGAUAAUAGUCAUUGGAGACUCAAAUGUUGGAAAGACGUGUUUGACUUAUAGAUUUUGCGGUGGGACCUUCCUGAAAAACCCAGAGGCAACGAUCGGGGUCGAUUUCAGAGAGAGGACGCUGGAUCUCGAUGGGGAGAACAUCAAGGUGACUAAGGACCUAAAAUAUUUACCUAUGUGGAUGUUUUACAAAAUAAGAUCGCAGUUCAUUAACAUAGUCGUUUUCUAUGAGUGUUUGGCAUCACUGGAAAUAGAGGAGGACUGACCUGGGCUUUGCCUUCAUAUAUUAUUGUGGAUUGAGAUGACACUACAAAUUAAAGGCCUGUCUAUAUUAAAUGUGCAGUAGAUGAACUUGAUGACUAACCAUCCUCUAUCGAGCUAGAGAAUAAGUAGACUGUGGAUAAAACCCUACUAGAAGACCUGCUGAGCCAAGUCAACAACCCAGCAGACUAGCAGAGUAUGUCAUAUUCAUAUUUAUAGCCCCAAAACUGCCUUUUUUGCACGUUGUUCCACUAUUUCUCACAUUAAAGACCUGUAAAUCAUCAAGCUUAAGCCUCUUUUGUAAUUUGUUUGCUUUGGCAGAUGGAUUUUUUUUUUCUUUUAGGAUUCUUCAGCCACUGUUAAGGGUGAUUAUUUGAAUCAAGAUUUAUUAUAAUUAAUUAUAAAAUUAAAGAAUUCAUCUGGCCUGGUGGUGCAUACAUAUAUAUAUAACAUGUAGGUAGAGGGAUCUUAAUAUGAAAAACAAAGGCAGGAUAAAUUCAAAUGAUUUGGAAAAAAAAAAGAUGUACAGUUUUUUGAGUAAACAGCUAGAAAGGCGUGCAGAAAUGUUUACAGUCUAUUCAUAUAUUCAUGUACUGAUACAGACAUUAUUAUGAUUAAAAACCCCACAUCCAGUUAAACAUACCACAUCUGCUGCAGAAACAGGUCUCAAGAAAUGUCACAUUUUCUCCUGUUUGAACCUUGUUAGCUAGAAACUCAAGUGUCUCCCUGUUUCAAGAAAUUAGAUUUGAUGGUGCAGACAGGAUGAGGCGGUAAGAAAGUAUCAACAUUAAGACCACCACUAUGUCUGUUAGGAUUUGAUUGACGAUAAGAAAAUGUGUCACUGCCACUGCACAUUUUUCUGUUUUUAUUUAUUAAAUAUCUGUUUCUGCUUCACUAGUUGCAGAUCUGGGACACUGCAGGUCAGGAGCGUUUCAGAAAGAGCAUGGUGGAACACUACUACCGCAGUGUUCAUGCUGUUAUCUUCGUGUAUGACGUGACCAGCCUCUCCUCCUUCGAGAGCAUCCCCGAGUGGAUCGAGGAGUGCAAACGGCACUGUGUAGGACCUCUAGUGCCGCGCAUCAUGGUUGGCAACAAGUGUGACCUGAGAGACCGCAGGGAGGUCCCUACAUCUGCUGCACAGUGUCUCGCUGACAGCUACAACUUCCCACUGUUUGAGACCUCAGCAAAAGACCCUUCUGAGAAGGAUAAUGUAGACGCCAUCUUUCUGACUUUGGCCUAUAGACUGAAAAGCCACAAACCCUUGAGGCUGAAGCAGCCAGAUGUGAACAGACAGAUGUGGAACCAGAACCAGAGGGAGCAGGAGUCUGGAAUUUGUCAGUGUUGAAGUCACCUGGAACCUGUUCCUGCCUUCAGGAAUAGUAAUGCUGCUUAGACAAACAUGGUUUCUCCCUAAAGCUGAAGCGCAUCUAAUUAUUUAAGAAAGAAAAGGAGCAAAGGUCUUGUUGUUUUACACUUUUACCUGCCUGAUGCAAGGCACCACAGGUGACAUACUGGUCCUAUAAGUUUGCACUAUAAUGAAUCAAUCUUUCAAUUAAAUGCAUGAAUGACUAUGGAGAAAAUCCAAAACUUGUAGCUAAAAUCUCACAUAAAUUUCCAAAGUCGUCCAGGAUACACUCUUGUCUGGUGAGAGUUCAUAUGCAAUCAGCUGUCAAGUAGCAUGACGUCUCAUUUUCAGUAUUCAGUGCAGAUAGUAAAAAAAAAAGACUAUAUAGAUUUCAGUGUGAAAAAUGGGAACCGAUAAUGUCAACCAAAACUGUGAAGAAAACUUUGUGACCAUUUGUCAAAAAGUGUCUUAAAAGUAGAUUUUUUUGUUUUUGUUUUAAUGAUACAGCAUGGGUCAUGGUGCUGGUACUGACUAUGAAUUUCCUUCAUAUGGACAAUAUCCUGUUAUGCCUCAGCUCGUUUUCCUCCAUGGUACUGUUGGAAAGAACACACUAAUGGCAAAUUGUUUGUUUUUUGGUCUUACUGCAAAUCCACACAAACCACUUGAAAGCACGAGUUAAUACUUAAAGAAUUGUAAUGCAGGAAGAUUACAAUAAUGAGACCGCUGUUUCUGUUUUAUGUGUAUGAAAUUGCUAACAGUAUGGGUAUGUGAUACAGCAUAAGCUGCAAAUCAAUAAAAGUCCGUAUGUACAAUUUCAUUUUUCUGGCUCAAUGUCCUUAAAUAAAGACAAGUGUUACCACAUGA